AUGAAUGAAUUUUUUGAUUGGUAUGUAUCAACCUUUAGAGUGCAGGUACAGGAAGGCGUUUAUCUCGCAAAAUCAGAGAUCGACGAUCCAAAUAGUGGAUAUGGACUGUAUAUGGAUAAAACCCUGAUUAAAGAUAAUAAAGAGGACAAUAAGGAAACCAUACCAACAAUUUCUCAGCCCUUAUUAAAAAUUCCUAAAGAGUAUACGUUUAAUAUACACUCAAUAUUAGCUACAAUCAAUGAUAAAACGCUAUACCCAAAUAAUGAUGUUUACGAUCGUUCAAGUAAAAAAAUAAAAGAAGUUUUCAAAUCAUUCUUAGAAAAUUCUAAUAUGAGUGACAUUUUUUCAGAAACAAUAUUACUGACGUUUUACUUUAUACUAUUUUAUUAUUUGCAGGAAGAUUACAACGUUCCUGAGCUUUGUGUCAAAUAUUUACAUGAUAUUCUCAUAUCAACAGAGGUGAAUAACCCUAUUACUAGACCUAAAUUCUAUCUUCAAUCUUAUAGCCACUAUCCCAAUAUUAUAGCAAAUACGAUGGUUGUUGAUAUGUUUACGAGUUUUUUUGAAUUUGAGUUAGAUAUUGAUUCAACCACAGGUAAGGAUGUUAUACGACAAAUAUACGCCGCCAUCACAUCUAGAGUUCUAGAAAUUCCACAUGAAAUCUCCAAAGAUUCAGAAGACUUUACUACAAAUACUACUUUAGUACCAAUUUUAGAUUUUGUUAAUCAUUCUUCAGUUUCUCCUUGUUGUGCGUUUGAUAUCGAUAGAAGUACAGGUGAGGUAACAUUGAAACUUCGAGAUUCAUUUGAAGAACAAACUAGCAAGACAAGAAUGGAAUUAUUUAUUCAAUAUUCUGAUAUCGUUGAAUACACUUCUUUUAAUUUUACUUAUGGGUUUAUUCCAGAAGUUAAGAAGAGUACCCCUUGCUAUUUUAAUUUAUCAAUUGAAAGGAAUUGCAUUCCAAAACAAUACAGGAAGUUUUAUAAAUGGUUCAGUGUUAAUCCAGUGAUGCAAUUCUGCAAAGAUAAAGAAAAGGAUUCAUGGUUCAUAAAUACAACUUUGGAAGAAUAUGAAGAACUGUUACUGCCUUUUAUGACUGACUCUUCCCUAAAGGAUGAAGAAAUUUGGUCAUACAAUAAUAAUGCUUACAGAAGUUUUGCAAAUUUUUAUUCGGUAAUGGAUAAAGAUAGAAAUGUAGCUGACCUUAAUAAAAUAUGUAAAAACGAAAUAACAAGAAGGGAACAAUCCAAAAAUGACGUAAUUGGACUACCACAGUUUGCAUGGACUCUCAGAUUUAAAGAUAGGAAUGGAAAAUUAAUGAAAAGAAGAGUUAACAAACAAAAGGCAUUAGAAAACUUUAGAAGCUUGUCCACUGAAGAUCAGGAGAGUACAUGUAAAGUCUUUGAGAUAUUUUUACAAAAUUAUAUAGGCGAGAGACUAAAAAAAUUGGAAGAUAUAGUAAACAAUAAUUCUGAAAAAGUGAUUCUCGACGAUAACAAAAAUGAAUGCCAAUCAUUUAUAGAUUUGUGCAAUAUUGAAAUUCAAAUACUCAAUCAAGUGAUAUCAACGGACCUAACAUCUUUAUUGAGUAUCACAACUCCGAUACAACAAGAAUUGGAAGUGGUCCCAUUACCACCAUUAAUUAAUCUUUAUGAAGAAGAAGAAGAAGAAGAAGAAGGUAUAGUUAAAGUUAACGACGACAAUGAGAUUAACAUUAUUGAUGAAUGCCAAGAACUCUCCUUACACGAUUAUAACGAGCUUGACUACACCGAUUUUGUGACGCAAGAACAAGAGGAAUUUUCUCAUUACUUCUUGUAG